GAUUACAGACCUGCGUCUCUUCAGAGGGAAAAGGUAGAAUAAUAUCGAAUUACCAGAAAAUUAAAGGAAAAAUGGGUGAAGAAGGCAAGCCAACGUCAUCACUCCCGGACACUCAGUUCUUCGGGCUCCUCUCUAAUCUCCUCCAACAGGUGGAAUCAUUGACUAACCAAGAAGAAGUUGAAUUGCGUGCCAAAAUUGAAGCCCUUGGAUUAGAAGUUACCAAAGUUCCUUCAAACUCUACAAAAAUUCUUGACGAGCUAGAACUUGCUUCAGAGUUGGAUAAAUUAUCUGCAAAGUUAGACAAUGUUGAUGAGAUGAUAUCAUCAGCCAUGGCUGCUGAUCCACAAGUGAUGUCAUUGUUGAGUGAUACUGCUGAUGUAUGGAUGCCUGUUAUCACUGCGACUUCUGAUGAAAGGCAGAUUUUUGCAGCAUCUGUUGAAGAUAUUGAUAAAGUGGAGGAAAAGGGUUCUAAUUAAUUGGUUUUGUUUUUUCUUUUGGAUUUGGAAUGAUAAUUUGUUUGGGAUAUAAUUAUAUUUAUUGAACUGAAAUAGGGGAAAAUAAGUGGAGAUGUUAUGGGUUUUGGUUACAUUUUUAAACUCACACUUGCUUUUUGUUUCUAAGUAAAACUGUUU